AUGUCCACCAUGGAGGACGCCAUCUUACCGACGCUCCUGAGCACUAUACCGGCUACACGAUCUGAGCACCGUCAACUUGUUCAGUUGCGCAGCGCGAUUCGUGACACAAUCAUGCGUCUUCGGCAAGAUAAUGGCGCCCACCGAGAAGAUGACAUGCUUCUCCCCACCAUCCAACAUAUAUCCAGCGGUUCGAGGGAAGGGAAUGUCCCCAUUGUAUCUCUUGACAGGGCCGCCAAGGCUGGAGCAGAGGUGAUGCAGCGACUCUUCGAGGGCGAGGCUCGCCUCGUGGAUGCUUUGACCAGGGCUACAGCCAGGGUUGAGGCGACGCAUGCCGCUACCGCGACGGAAAACAGUGAGUUAACGGCGCUGCGUGCACGCAUGGACGAGCUUUCCUGCCUAGUCCGCAGCGGCAAUGCUGGGUUGUUGAAGACUGCACCUGGACCCUCUGCGCCACUAGGGCUGAUGACUGCGGCGGCGGCGGCGCAAGAGGACACGUCGCCAGCCGCUACACGGUUCGCCGAAGCGCGUGUCAUAGCGUACGAAAAAACAGUGCAAGCACUGAACAACGAGCUCGCUCUGCUGCACGAAAACUACGCAGCGCUUUCGCGCGCCAGGGCCUGUGAUAUAGAAACGUUGAAGCGGCACAUGACCGAUGCCCAACGCAAGCACGAGGACCAGAUUACUGAGUGUGACGCGGUGCUAAACCGGAUAUCUCUGGAACUUGAGCAGCUGAUCCAGGAAAACGCGCAGCUGAGGUGCAAACUCCAGAGGAUAGCGCAGCCUGAGUGA